ACUUCCCUGCCCGCCGGAGGUGAUUAGGGGACGUUGGCUCAACUAUCCCGGAGACGCCGCCGCCGCUUUGGACACUCCCUGUGGCCGGAGGACGCCGAGCUCUCAAGUCCAUCCGGAGCUCCAUUCAAAAGUGCCGAGAGCCACGUUCAAGCUCCAAGACCAGAAUUUACUCUUCCAGCCAGCCGGGACGGGCUCGGAGCCGCUCUGGUUUUAGGGAAAUCAUCUUUUCUCCCCCACCUUCCUCCACUCUUCUUUUGUUGCAUUGGAUAUUGGAAGAAAGUUAACAGCGACUUUUAGAAAGUUACCGGAGAUAGACCUGCAGCCAAAAUGGAGGCGAAAACGUCACUUCUAGACAACAUGAUUGGGGUCGGUGACAUGGUUCUGCUGGAACCCUUGUCUGAAGACUCCUUUCUUGAGAACCUGAGGAAGCGCUUUGAUCACAAUGAGAUAUAUACUUACAUUGGCAGCGUGGUGAUCUCCAUGAACCCCUACAGGUCGCUUCCCAUCUACAGCCCAGAAAAAGUUGAAGAGUACCGCAACAGAAACUUCUAUGAACUUAGUCCACACAUUUAUGCUUUGGCAGAUGAGGCCUACCGGUCGCUCAGAGACCAGGACAAGGACCAGUGUAUUCUCAUUACAGGGGAGAGCGGGGCGGGGAAAACUGAGGCCAGUAAGCUGGUGAUGUCAUAUGUGGCAGCGGUGUGUGGGAAGGGCCAGGAGGUGAAUAAGGUCAAGGAACAGCUAUUGCAGUCCAAUCCUGUACUGGAAGCCUUCGGAAAUGCCAAGACAGUGAGGAAUGACAACUCUUCCAGAUUUGGAAAAUACAUGGACAUUGAGUUUGACUUCAAAGGAGAUCCUCUCGGUGGAGUCAUCAGCAACUACUUGCUGGAGAAGUCCCGUGUGGUAAAACAGCCAAGAGGAGAGAGGAACUUUCACAUCUUUUAUCAGCUUUUGUCUGGAGCUUCUGAUGACACACUCGAGAAACUGAAACUGGACCGGGACUUCAGCAAGUACAACUACUUGAGCCUUGAUUCCGCAGUGGUAAACGGGCUGGAUGACGCCACCAGCUUUCGGACAGUCAAAAAUGCAAUGCAGAUCGUGGGCUUCAUGGAGAAUGAGGUACAGUCAGUGCUAGAGCUGGUGGCAGCUGUUCUGAAGCUUGGCAACAUUGAGUUCAAGCCAGAGUCGCGCUGUAACGGCACAGAUGAGAGUCGCGUCAAAGAUAAAAAUGAUUUAAAAGAGAUGUGUGAGCUGCUGGGGAUCGAACAGGCGGUACUGGAAAGGGCAUUCAGCUACCGUACUGUUGAGGCAAAAUUGGAGAAGGUGUCUACUACUUUGAACGUGGCCCAGGCCUACUAUGCCCGAGAUGCCCUUGCCAAAAAUCUCUACAGCCGUCUGUUUAGCUGGCUUGUUACUCGGAUCAAUGAAAGCAUAAAAGCACAAACUAAAACACGCCACAAGGUCAUGGGUGUCCUGGACAUAUAUGGCUUUGAGAUAUUUGAGGACAACAGCUUUGAACAGUUCAUCAUCAACUAUUGCAACGAGAAACUGCAGCAGAUCUUCAUUGAGCUAACGCUGCGUGAGGAGCAGGAGGAGUACGUCAGAGAGGGCAUUGAGUGGACUAACAUUGAAUAUUUCAACAAUGCCAUUAUCUGUGACCUCAUUGAGAAUAACCAAAAUGGCAUCAUGGCGAUGUUAGAUGAGGAGUGCCUACGCCCCGGAACAGUGACAGAUGAGACGUUCCUCGACAAACUGAACACUGUGUGUGCUGAGCACCAGCAUUUUGAGAGUCGCCUCAGCAAGAAUUCAAAGUUCCUCAACGACCACAGCUUGCCUCACAGUUGCUUCCGCAUCCAGCACUACGCCGGCAAGGUGCUGUACUGCGUUGAAGGCUUUGUGGACAAGAAUAAUGACCUUCUCUAUCGGGACCUGUCCCAAGCCAUGUAUAAGGCCAACCACAGUCUGAUUAAACAGCUGUUCCCUGAGGGAAACCCAGCCAAAGUCAACCUCAAGAGACCGCCCACUGCUGGCUCCCAGUUCAAAGCGUCAGUGGGCACUUUAAUGAGGAAUCUUCAGACCAAGAACCCCAACUACAUCCGGUGCAUCAAGCCCAAUGAUAAGAAGGCACCCCACAUCUUUACAGAGUCCCUCGUUUGCCACCAAGUGCGCUAUUUGGGCCUGAUGGAGAACGUCCGUGUGAGAAGGGCCGGGUAUGCCUUCAGACAGGCUUACGAGCCCUGCCUGGAGCGCUACAAAAUGCUCUGCAAAAGAACCUGGCCACACUGGAGAGGCCCUGCUAGAGCUGGAGUAGAAGUGCUGAUGACAGAUCUUCAGGUUCCAUCUGACGAGUUCUCCUAUGGUCGCUCGAAAAUUUUCAUCAGGAAUCCUCGAACGCUUUUCUCGUUAGAGGAAAGGAGGAGGCAAUGCCUUCAAGACCUGGCCACGCUCAUUCAGAAAAUCUACCGUGGCUGGAAGUGUCGCACUCAUUUCCUGUUGCUGAAAAAGAGUCAGAUUGUUGUGGCAGCGUGGUAUCGUCGCUAUGCGCAACAAAAGAAAUACCAGAGGAUCAAGAGCGCCACUACGGUGGUGCAGUCAUACACUCGGGGAUGGCAGGCUCGCAAACUGUUGAGGGAGCUGAAACAUCAUAAGCGGUGUGAGGAGGCUGUGACCACCAUUGCAGCUUACUGGCAUGGCACUCAGGCUCGAACGGAGCUGCGACGUCUAAAACAAGAAGUGCGGAAUAAACAUGCCGUGACAGUAAUUUGGGCAUACUGGCAGGGAACAAAGGCACGGAGGGAGUUGCGUCAUCUGAAGCAAGAGGCGAGGAAUAAACACGCCGUGUCGGUCAUUUGGGCCGGCUGGCAGGGCACCAAGGCUCGCAGGGAGCUGAGGAGACUGAAGGAAGAGGCCAGGCGUAAGCAUGCUGUCGCUGUGAUUUGGGCCUGCUGGCAGGGACUAAAGGUCCGUAGGGAAUACAGAAAAUUCUUCAGGGCAAAUGCGGGAAAAAAGAUUUACAACUUCACCAUCCAGAGAAUUAUGCAGAAAUACUUUCUGGGUUUGAAGAAAACAUUGCCUUCCAUGUCACCUGUUGACAAGAACUGGCCGGCCCGACCUUACCACUUCCUUGAUACAGCCCACACAGAACUCAGCACAAUCUUCCACCUCUGGAGGUGCAAGAAAUACCGGAGCCAGUUCACCAAGGAGAAGAAGGCUGUGUAUGAAGAGAAGCUGGAGGCAAGUGAGCUUUUCAAGGAUAAAAAGUCUCUCUACCCGAGCAGCGUGAGCCAACCCUUCAAAGGAGACUACCUGGAGAUCAGUAAGAAUCCCAAGUAUCAGAAACUCAAUAGCUGUGUUGAAGAAAAGGUUCUACUCGCUGAUGUGGUCAACAAGAUUAACAGGGCCAAUGGAAAAGGUGCAACUCGCAUACUUUUGCUGACAAAGAAGAACGUGGUGCUGGCAGACCAGAAGACGGGCCAAGUGAAGGCCAGUGUCGCUCUGCCCGACCUCACCAGCGUUUCGGUCAGCACGCAGAAUGAUGGCUUCUUUGCGCUCAAACUCAAAGAGGGCUCAGCCUCGGCUGUCAAAGGAGACUUCUUACUCAGCAGUGAGCACUUGAUCGAGACCAUCACCAAACUCCACCACAUCGGCUCCACUGCCUCGGACGACGGGGAGCAGCUCAACAUCGACAUUUCAGAUGAGUUUCUGGUGCAGUUCAAGCAAGACAAAGUGUGCGUCAAGUUCAUCCAGGGAGCCCAGAAGAACGGCAGCAGCGUGUCCUGCAAGCGCAAAAACAACCGCCUGCUGGAAGUGUCGGUCCCCGCCUCAGCGUAGUGAAAUCCCAUCUCGCGCCGUGCUGCCGAAGGACUGGAGCGAGCAUCAUCACCCAUCACCCUGCGGAAUAUGUGGCGAUUUUUCUUCCCUUUAGUGAGCGUCGCUCAGGCACCACGAUAGCUGUCACACUUUUUGCGGUAAAGAGAGCCCCCAACGGGGUUGCGUGCCACAGAAAUUUGCUUUCAAUGGUGUCGGAAGACGAGAAAAUAAUUGGCAGCCCGCGUGAGUUUUGUGUUGUGAGUGUUGGUGCACGCUCUACCUGGAUGUCGACAGCGGUAAGAUAACGAGCUCCGAGCCCCGGCUGGCCUUGACUCGUCGGCUUUUAAGCAAUUGAUGUGCGAUGACGUGUGGGAGCUGUUGGAGCAAGGACUUGAAAUACUGCACUUGCUUUUAUACUUGGGUAGAACCAAAAAAAAAAAAAAAAAAAAAAUGAGCAGAUAAUGAAUUUGAUUGUAAGAUGUAUUAUUUUCUUAAUACUUAUUAAAAAAAAAAAAAAGCAGAGUGGGCUGUUGAAUUGAGAUUAUUUGAAAACCGCCUUUUUUUUUUUUUUAAAUCGAUAAUUCCAAUGUGCCAAUGACUUGUCAUGUGUCGGUGUACAUGCAUAUAUGGCCCCACAGUUGUUAUAUUUGCAAAUGAGGGGUUAUCCGUACACGUGAUUAGUCUACUAUAUCCAGUGUUUGAUCCAUGCCAAGCUUUACUUAAUCUGCAAGAACACUACAGCGAUCAUAAACUACGUUUUGAACGUGACGCCAUGAGAGAAACACUAGAUGGUACCUCAGCGCGCCGAGCUAGCUUGUUUCCUAUUCCGAGCUUUUCAAUAUCUCCGUUGGUAAUUCGUGUGCAAUAUUUGCUCUGUAUGAUGUUUUUUUUUUUUUUGCAGCUAAGCUUACCCACGGGCGGUGCGUCCUUAAGCUGUGUGGCCUUUGCAUGGACUUCCUCGCUAUUCUCGUUUAAAAAGUUUCUGAAAUUGCAACUUUUUCCAUCUCUUGCAUGAGCAGAACCCCGACCCCACACACUUCUUUGCUGAGAAUAACCAAACGCUAAGCACACAUAUUUGUCAUGGAGGGGUUUGAUGAAUUGCAGGAAGCUGGACAAGGUUUCUUUUUGCCAUCUUUUUGGGGAUUAUAAAGUUGUUGUGGUUAAUAUUUACUGGUGAGGAAUAUUGUUCGAAGGGAAAUGUGACUAGGUGGAGUCGUGUGUCGCGCGUGUACUUUUGAAUGUCACCUCUGACGCUGAGACUACUGCUUUGGAACACUUGUUCGUCAUUUUUCGGGGGGUGUGCAGUUGAAAGCACCUUUUUGCUAAACUCGCAUUUUGCUCCCCAUCUUGUGGAUACAGCAGCUUCUUUUGUGCCUGACGUCAAAACUUGUUUCCUGAGACAGAACGCAAAUGUUUCAAUGUAACAUAUACAAGCAAUGUUUUUUUUUUAAAUGAAAUAA